AUGGCGGCACCUCAGCGAGAACCGUUCGCUCCAAGCAAGGUUAUCCAAACCGAGUAUCCUCUGAUUGAUAAUGACCCACAUUUUACGCGGGUGAUUGGAUACGCCAGGCCGUCUGACUAUGUCCACGGCCUAGUCGCGGCCGCCUUUGGGCCGGGUGCUCUUCUUUUCAUGGAGAAGUUCUCUCCCUCGCGAGUCGGCAAAGGAGGAUUUGCGCCUGCCAUGAGGUUGGCAGGAGCAGUCGGCGCCGUUGGAGGAUUUCUUUACUUCUACCAGCGAUCAGCACUUCGCUUUUAUGGUGCUACGGAAAAUUCUCGCGAGAUUGAGAUGGAUAUGAAAGAAAUGGUUGCCAAGGUGAAGGCAGGCGAGCCAUUGUACGGAGAGAGCCAGCUCACACCACAUAUGCAAGGAGUCGCAGCUAGACAGUCGAGAUAUUCGUCGCUUUUCAUGUCCAUCAUGCCUUGGUUCAACUUUGUCAACCACAACCAGCACGGAGUUGACACAGCAAAGUAUUACCAGCAGGCUGAGAGGGAAUUAGAAGCAGAGAGGCUGGCGAAGGUGUAA